AUGGCGCAUGAAGAGGUGAUUUUAUUGGAUUUUUGGCCUAGCAUGUAUGGCAUGAGAGUCAGGGUUGCACUAGCUGAAAAGGGUAUCAAGUAUGAGUAUAAAGAACAGAACUUGGCUGAUAAAAGUCCAAUUCUUUUGGAAAUGAAUCCAAUUUUCAAGAAAAUACCAGUUUUGAUCCACAAUGGAAAACCAAUUUGUGAAUCACUAAAUGUAGUCCAGUAUAUUGAUGAGGUCUGGAAGGACAAAGUUACAUUUCUUCCUUCUGAUCUUUAUGAAAAAUACCAAGCUUUGUUCUGGGCUGACUAUGUGGAGAAGGUGUUCGAUUCGGGGCGUAAGCUAUGGAUGGAAAAAGGAGGAGAGCAACAGACAAGAAAGGACAACUACAUAGACAGUUUAAGGAUGCUGGAAGGUAUUCUUGGAGAUAAACCUUAUUUUGGAGGUGGAAAAAUUGGGUUUUUGGAUAUUGCUUUCAUAGGAAUUUGCAGUUGGUUUUAUACUUAUGAGAAGUUUGGAGAAUUCAGUACAGAAAUUGAGGCCCCAAAGAUAAUUGCAUGGGUGAAGAUGUGCAUGAAAAUGGAAAGUGUUUCCAAAUCUGUUGCUGAACCACUUAAGGUUUAUGACUUUGCUUUGCAAAUUAGAAAGCAUUAUGGAUUAGAGUAGAUGAAUAUUGGUAAACCCAGAACACUUUUCUACUCUAGUCCAUUUUUUUUUUUU